AUGGACAUCCAACAUGUUAUUCACGAAAAUCAAAAAGUCCCCGUCACCAAGGGUCUUGCCCCGAAAGACGUAUUCCCCGGCUUUGACCCCACCCCCCGCACAUUCAACGACGAGGGAAUGAAAAUCGAGUAUAACCAUCCCAUCAAGCUCCGCGAUGGUAUCCAGCUCCGAGCAGAUAUCUACCUCCCAGAAAACCAGUCUGAAAAUGUCAAGUUACCCAUCGUCCUCGUCUACACGCCAUUUGGCAAGCAGACGCCAUUUGACAUCUCGAAGGUGCCGACCUCCCGAGACUUCGAUCCGGGAUAUCACGGUGUGACAUUCUCGAAAUACCUCAUCUUCGAAGCUACAGACCCAGCUUUCUGGACGAAGAAUGGCUUUGCGUAUGUCGCCGUUGACUCUCGGGGUAGUUUUGCUUCGGAGGGAGAUUUCUUUUCUUUUCUUACUAAGUCCGAUGGACGCGAUGCGUACGAUGUGAUUGAGUAUCUUGGUGAACGGCCUUGGAGUAAUGGUCGGGUUGGAAUGGUUGGGGCUAGUGGAUUGGGACACAUUCAAUGGCAUGCUGCUGCUAAUCGCCCGCCUCAUCUGGCCGGAAUCAUGGUGCAAGAUGCAUAUGUUGAUUUCUAUCGUGAAGUUGUGUGCAAGGGAGGUGUCCCUCAUAUGAAUUUCAUUGAGCUCUUGUCUUCAAUGUAUAUGGCCCAGUCAAAUGAGCAAGGUUGUCCCAAAAUCGAUAUUGUGAAAGCCAUUGAAGAGAACCCCCACGAUAGCGAGUUUUGGGAUAUCUUCAGGCCAGAUCUGGAUCAGAUAACUUGUCCUCUUUAUCUAAUUACCAGCUUGGCCGAUAAAGGUGUUCACGUCCCUGGUUCGGUUCGUGGCUAUCUUGCCGCUCAGUCAUCUACUAAGUAUAUUGAGCUUCAUCCCUAUUUCAAAUGGGAGUGGCAGCUCACCGCGGAAUCACAAGAGCGCCAACUUGCAUUCUUCAAUAAAGUCUUGAAUGGUCCGGAUCAGAAAGCUGCUGGUGCAGUAGACUUCUGGCCACCGGUUCGUCUGCAUGUUACAGACAAACAUUACUCCGGUAGCUGGCGCAGUGAGAAUGAGUUCCCAAUCGCGAGAACCCAGCGGACAAAGUUCUUUCUUGGUCCAAAUGAUGAUCUUCUUAAAGAUUCUCUCAUUGGCAGUGACUCCGCCACUUACGACACUAAAACAGGAUCUGUCGCCUGGCAGCACACAUUCGAUAAGCCUACUGAAAUCACCGGAUCAUCUCUUCUUCACCUGUCGCUUUCCAUCUCUGAGGGCUCAGACGCAGACCUGUUUGUAACUCUUCAAAAGAUUAAUCGGGAUGGCCAGAUCGUCAAGUUCCCAUACCACUCUUUUGUGAACGAUGGACAUGUGGCUUGGGGCUGGUUACGAGCUUCUAAGCGGAAGCGGGCAGGCAAUCCUUAUGGUGAUGAGGUGAUGCACACUUUUCUUGAGAAGGACCUGCAGCCACUUAAUCCUGGUGAGAAGGUGGAAGUGGAUAUUAAUCUUCAACAAACUGGUACCCUAUUCCGCAAGGGUGAGAUUAUUCGGGUUGUUGUUCAAGGCCGGGACUUCAACGAGUAUAGCCCCAAUUGCCAAGUGCCACGCGCUGGAACUGGUUGCAAUGUUGGUCAGCACACCAUUUUCAUGGAAGGUAGUUUUGUUGAACUCCCGAUCGUUCCUUUUAAAUAUGCCUAG